AUGAUACGGCCACUCAUUCGUUCCAUAUCCAGUCCCGGAUAUUUCUUUCCAGUGCCUCGGAUAUCAUCUGUGUUACCAGUCAGGUUCGCGGGACAUUCCAAAUGGGCAAACAUUAGACAUGACAAAGCCAAGAAUGAUGCAAAAAAGUCUAAAGAAGCCACAUUGAUUGCAACCAAGAUUGAGAGUUGCGUACGAAUAGGAGGGAAAGAGGCCAAUGCAAGCUUGGAGCAGUUGUUGGAGAAGGCGAAAAAACUCAACGUAUCCAAACAGGUUGUGUCGAAUGCAAUUAAACGAGGUGCGGGUGAGUUGAAUGAUGGCUCAGCUAACCAGACUGAAGUAACUUAUGAAUUUAUGGGACCCGGUGGUGUUGCAGUAAUAGUGUCUGCAAUCACUGAUAAUAAGGCGCGUACGGUCAUGAGAGUCAAGUCGGCAAUGGCAUAUUUCCAAGCUUCAUUAAGCCCUUGUAAUUUCAUGUUUGAGAAAAAGGGCGAGAUACUUAUUGAGCCCAAACCAGGCUCAGAUGAGACUUUUGACGACGUGUUUGAAGUGGCAUUAGAUUUAGGUGCCGAGGAUUUCGAAGAAGUGGAAUUUCCCGACGAAUUUAUCCCGGAUAAGAAGUACAAAUUUUACCGAAUCAUUUGUGAUCCGUUGGAGAUACAUCGAGUCAGUAACGAGCUCAAUGCAAAAGGUUACAAAUUGCACGAGAGCGCGGUGAGGUAUUUGGCUAAUAAGGAUGGAGAGGUUCAGUUUCCUGAGGAGUACUCAAAGGGGUUCAACAGAGCACUUGACAACUUGGACCAAACGCCAGAGGUAUUGGAUUAUUACACCAACAUUGAAAAUGAACAUGAGGGCAGAAUCAUGUCCUCGGUCAAUUGA